ACCUGGGAUCUUUCAGUUUCUCUUUUUGAUCUGUAAUGCCCUCAACCCUAAGAUCUGUAUUCUGUGUGGGAAAUGGGCCAUUUAUUAACAAGUUAGUGUUUCUGAUGUAGGCUACACCCAGACCGUCACUACUGCUGUUUGAAAACUAACACUAGUUAUUUCUUUAUUUAGAUCGGCGAGGUCCUGUCAUAAAUAUCCGCCCCUAAAGAUACAACGUAUGUCCUUGUAGUCAGACGUACAUCCGCGUAGUUAGUUGUGUAUUUCUUUGUAGAACCCUCUUUUACAUCAGGCCUACCUCAUGAGAGAAUCAUGGCGUUUAGCCUAUGUUACAUUCCUCCUAUUCAUAGUCAUCUACAUAUCGUGUUCAUGUCUGUUUAGGGCAGGCAGACCAACAUGGAGGUGGAUCUCGACGGAUUAUUUUUAAGUAACACGUCACUCGAUUAUGGAGACUACACGCACAAAGAGGAAGGCGACCCAGACUCCGCAACCGUUUUCCUGCCGUUCCUGUGCUCCCUAGCCCUGAUAAUCGGUCUCCCGGGGCUUGCUCUACUUCUGACUCUUCUUGUCCGCAAGAGACGUCAUUGGAGUGUUAUGGAUAUCUUUGCCCUCCACCUGGCUGUGGCGGAUGGUCUGAUGUUGGGGACCCUGCCCUUCUGGGCUGCGCAGGCUGUUCGCCCCAGCGGAUGGACCUUCGGUACCCCCUUCUGCAAGAUUAGCGGAGCUGUCUUUCAUAUCAACUUCUUCUGUGGGAUCUUCCUGUUGGUCUGCAUGAGCCUUGACCGCUACCUCUCCAUCUUCCGCUCCACUCACUUCUUCUCCCGCAGGAAGCCCUGGAUGGUGCAGGCCAGCUGCCUGUCAGUAUGGCUCCUCUCCCUGCUCCUCUCCAUCCCUGACUGGGUCUUCUUGGAGGUGGGACGCAGACCAGAGUGUGUUCACCUCUACCCCCCGCCUGCUCCUCGGUCCGGUGUCGACUGGCGCCUGGCCUCUCGCCUGCUCCACCACAUCGUGGGCUUCAUCCUGCCCUCUGCCGUCUUGAUCUUCUGCUGCUCCUGCUUCCUUCUGCGGCUUGGGCGAGGACCCCGCCUGGACCUCCAGAAUCAGAGAGCCCUUAGGCUCCUCCUGGGCUUGGUGGGGUUGUUCCUUCUCUGCUGGACGCCCUACAACCUGUCCCUGUUGGCGCACACCGUCCGUGGCACUGAGCAGCGUCCGGAGCCGGAGGGCGGCGACAGUGGCGGUGCUUAUGGGUCACCCACCAGCGCCCUGGGGAAAGGCCUGCUCCUCAUGUUUGCUCUUGGCUGUUUCCACGCCUGCCUCCAGCCCCUGCUCUACUUUGGCCUGUGCAACAACGUCAGGAGAGCGGUGCUGGAGACGCUUUAUUGCGUACCGCCAGUGGAGAAGGCCGACUCCAGCCGCACUCUGUGGGAGCUUGGUCUCGAAGAGGAACCGCUGCCGCAGCAGAACCGAGAGGAGGUGGUACCGCUGAACAAGAACCGGGAGGAGGAGGCAGCUCAGGCCGAGACCAGGGCCACAGAGCAGCAGAUCUCUGCGGAGGAGGUCGCGCUAAACCAAAACCAAGAGGAGGAGUCAGCCCUGACCCAGGCCAGGGUCGCAGAGCAGCAGGAUCACCAAGCCAAUGCUGACCAUGAUGAAGUGGAUGGGAGAGCAUGACUUUUUCGCCCACACAGGAAAUAUUUAUUUGUUUCCCUUUCAUGAACAGGAAGGUACUUUAAGGGUCAAAGGGUUCACGGGCGGGGGACAGUCCUACAUGUUGAAAUCAAUCAUGAAUAAAUGCACUUUAAGCUGCAUGUGGUCAUGGAACUUUUACAUGGGGUAAGAACUGUAAGGCUACACAUGUGGCUGUAAUAAUGCAUUAUCAGGGAAUAUUGUUUUAUGAUAUCGUAAAGGGUUUAUAUAUAUAUCUAUAUUAGGAAGUGAGUGGCCAGAGUUGUUUUUCUUGGACAAUCAACUUAAAAUCCACUUUUAAGAGGUGAAAACAUAUUCAGUGUCACAUUUUAUUGAGCAAAAUUUGCGGUACAAAUUUCAGACCAUGUAUCAGUAUUGCCGAUCCAUAUUCUAACGAAUCGCGAUUAGGCUCAAAACAUCUGAAUUGAGAUUAAGACCGGCAGUCAAAAUACGACUCUGCUGUUAAAUGGUACAGCUUUAAUGGGAUCCUUUUUGGCCAGUGUAGCGCAAAAUCGAUGGGAUGUUUUUUAUUGCUUUUGAUAUUUUGUUUUCUUAUUUAUUUUGCUAUGAAUGUUUGUGUUUAUAGUAAUUACGAUAAUUGAUAUGGUGUUAUAUUGUCAUUAUAUGGUAAUCAUUGAUUGAAAAGACUGGAGUAUUUUUCAGAAUGGACAAUUAACUUUGUUUUUACUUUCCAUUUGAGUUAUUAGUUUAAAUCCCUGUGUAAAUGGGGUCAGCUCUGGGCCGGUUCGUUUAACCCCUUCUUUCUUCCCUUCGGCUUUAAGGGGUUUUCUUUGUUGCAACAUGCGUCGGCAGACAAGACAACACAAGCAGGCGGCUGAUGUCAUCAGUCAGGUGACGGGACGGAGGGAAGGGUGAGGGAGACAGAGGGAGGCAAUGAGAAGAGCAUUGUGUGUCGCUACCGUGUUGUCGCCAUCAACAUGAUAGCCAUCACUCGUGUUUGUUUGGUGGUGUGAGCUCCGAGACGGGUGUGGCUUGCUCUGUUCCCUAAAAAAACAACAACAUAUAGGGAGAGUAUAGGAGGACGGAUCUGCGUAGAAAAAAUUAAAUUAAUUGUUUUUGAAAAAAUAUUAACAGUCUACAACAGGGGUCAGCAACCUUUUCAACAUGCAAUGCCAGUUUGACAUUUACUCGUUAAUGAGUGUGCCUUAAGCAACAAUAUAUAAAAAAUGACGCUGAAUUAUGACAAAGUGACCAAAAACAUUUCCAGAAGACCUGAUAUUGUACUAUUUCCAUAUAGUCCGCAAUCAUGCAUCAACAUUUUAAAUGAUUUUUUGGUUUGGUAAUUGCAUUUCAGAAACAUUCAGAAACUCAUUCAAAACAUAUUUGCACUGUGAGAAAUGUAAAAAACAAGAAUAUAUGAGAAUGCUGGAACCAUUCACAUUAAUAUCUUUAAGACAUGUACAGCUUUGCAAAACCAUGUGAAGGCAAUGCAUACAGGCCACUUGCAACAAUAUUUUAAAUAUUUUCUUCUCUAUUACUCACAAAAUAGGUUUAAAAACUAUUAAUUGAUCCCUUGGAGAACACUGCUUUCUGUAACUAAUUUAAACAUAUUUGCACUGGAAGGAAAUGCCCAAAACAGAAUAAAGUUGUUGUUUUUUAAGUUUGCCAAUGAUUAUGCUGCCCCGUGCCAGUGGUGGCACGCGUGCCUAUUGCCAACCCCUGGUCUACAAUAAUACUUUUUUGUCAUCCCUUUCUGCAUAAAAUGUCGUACGUUAGGCAGACCUGCUUCCAUAGAGUGUUUAUUGAAAAGAAGUAUAUAUGAAACGGGUAUCAACCAGAAACACGAAGGGAAGUUGAAUGAAAGGUGUAGAAUCUUUCUUUUGAACUUAUCGUAGCACAAUCAGUCGAGGAGGAGUAGAAGACAUGCAUCUUUUUGUUGAGCCACGUCAGUGCGGGGGCCCACCCAACCACAGGCAGUGGCGUGUUUCCUUCUCUUUUCUCUUGAAACUGUACUCGACCCCUUGAGAAACAGCCCUCAGGGAGAGCUUCGAGCUGUGCCGAAGUAGGAAGUAUGCCUGUGACCGCUGCUUGGUGAUACAUCCAUCUCCCUCAUUUGUGGUCUUGUGUUUCAUCGGUCUAUGUCCUCACCACUUGGUCUUUGUCGUGUUAAGUAUCACUUCUGGAUGAAUGGUCACAUCCGUUUUCAAGAGAUAUGCAGAGUUUAGAAAUACAGCUGCCAUUCACUAUUUAGACAAUUAACAGACGCUUUCAGCCCAAGGAAUGAAGCACUGCAGCAACUAAGCAUUGUUAAACAAUGUCAUCAUGGUAUGAGUGAGGACUAGGUUCCUCUGUCUAUACCAGAGGAACUACAGUAUGGCCAAUCAAAUGAGAGACUGGUAUCGAAAGGAACAAUCAAUCAUAUCCGAUGGCUGCUAAAACUGAGGCUUCCGUGCUUGUAAUUUACUGUCUCAUAAAAGCCUCAGUUAGAAUCACAUGUUUAGGUGGAUUGUUUUGCGGUUUCACAUUCACUUGCAGAUGGUGGGGCUUUACUAGACCUUGACUUUUAAAGUAGAGGUUUACCCAUGUGUUACAUUGGCAGAAGAUAUUUGGUAUAUGACUGAACAUUGUUCUGCCAGCUUUGAACUUUAUUUCAAUGUACCUUAGGUACUCAAGAAUACAUUUAACACAUUUGUUUAUUAAAAUACACAUGACUGCUUCUUGAAGGCUUGUUUUAUUAUUUUACUGUAUCCAUUACAUUUUUACACUAGACAAAUAUGUGAUGGUUAAACUGCCUUUAUAUGUUGACAGUGCAUGUGUGCCAACUUUUCAGUUCAUUAUGCAUAACAAAUAGUUGUAUGUUAUUUCAGCACAUAUUAUUAACAUUUACCAAAUUGACUAUAUUGAUACAAAAUGUGACAAUGAUUUCUGACGAUAAAAAUCAUUGACCACCUCAUUGAAAACACAGACCAACAGAAACUGAAAAUAAAGUUUAAAACCUUGGACCUCCAUUCCACAACCCGUAAUUAUUAUCUUCUGCUCAUUUGAUGUUGGAUCCUCCUGGGUCUGAAAUAAAGAAUUAUAUAUACACGUUUGUCGAACAGUCUGUACCUAUAAAAAUAAGGCAUGGCAUUUUAUUACUCAAUAAUAGGAUAGCAAAAAUAUGAGCAAAGAAAGCAAGACACUUUGGAGCUUUAUGCUUGGUUAAAAUAAUACUGUUGUUCUCC